UCUCAAGAAUUACUCCCAAAUAUUCUGACUUCGCUUGUUCUGUGAAGUGUGUCCAGUCAGCUGAAGAGGGACCGCCCUGUGCUGGCCCUCUGCUCUGUUUUGCAACGGUGCAGCCCAUCUUCAGGAAGGAAAAGUCUGAUAAAACGUCAGUUUCAUUGCGUUGUCAUGUUUUACAAGAAGUUCAGAAGCUCCGAAACCAUCUGACACCAUCAAUUCAUGGAUGCACCAAAAACCUAAGGGAAAAGGAAUCUUUCUUCUUCUUCUUCUUUAUCCGCUUAACUUUGCUUUUAGCGUACACACAAGUCAUUUUUUCGUCUUUCUUUUACACUCAGGUAUUCAUGGGUAGAUAUUUUCCUUUGUAUCAUCUGUAGCAUUUUUGUUGUUGCAAACUGAAUUCAGCCUGUAAAGAUGCAGCUUCGUUCUGUCCUUGACGUUAAUGUUGUGGACGUGCAGAAGAGAAGGAAUCCAUCCAAACACUAUGUGUACCUGAUCAAUGUCACUUACUCAGACUCCACUUCCCAUGUCAUCUACCGGAGAUACAGCAAAUUCUUUGACCUGCAGAUGCGAAUCCUCGACAAAUUCCCAAUUGAGGGAGGACAGAAAGACCCCAAAAAGAGAAUCAUUCCUUUUUUGCCAGGUAAAGUCUUGUUUCGUCGCAGUCACAUCAGGGAUGUAGCUGUCAAAAGACUGAAGCACUUGGACAAUUACUGCAAAGCUCUGUUGAAGCUUCCCUCCCACAUUUCCCAAAGCGAGGAGGUCCUUAAGUUCUUUGAAACCAACACAGAGGACCUCAACCCUCCCACAGAAGACUGUGGAGGCUCUGGUAAACGUAAAUCAGGUCUGGAUGCUUCGGACCCCAUGCUCCUGGAACAGUAUGUGGUGGUGGCCAAUUACGAGAAACAAGAGCCUGCAGAAAUCAGCCUUCAAGCAGGCGAGGUUGUCGACGUCAUUGAAAAGAGCGAGAGUGGUUGGUGGUUUGUCAGCACAGCAGAGGAGCAGGGUUGGGUCCCUGCUACCUAUCUCAACUCCCACAGUGGCACACGGGAUGACUUGGAGCUUGGCGCCUCGAAAGCAGGGGAAGUUACUAAGCGACAUAAGGCUCAUCUGAAGAGGCUGGACCGGAGAUGGACGCUGGGGGGUGUCAUCAGCCGGCAGCAGAGCCGAGAAGAGAAGUACAUAACAAUGCAGCCUUACUCCAGCCAAGGCAAAGAUGAAAUUGCUUUUGAAAAAGGGGUCAUAGUGGAAGUGAUUCAGAAGAACCUGGAAGGCUGGUGGUUUAUCAGGUACCAGGAUAAAGAGGGCUGGGCUCCAGCGUCUUACCUCAAGAAGGUGAAGGAAGACUUCUCUCCCCGUAAGAAGACUGUAACAGGCCCAGUGGAGAUUAUUGGAAACAUAAUGGAGAUAAGCAACCUACUUAAUAAGAAGGCGUUAAGUGAGAAGGAUGUGCAGACUGAAGGUGUUUCAGAGAGCCCCCAGGUUGCCAGGAAGGAGAUCAGCUUGCCAAUCCCAUGUGCUGACUCCAGUCCUGUUAAUGCCCCGCAGGAUGGAAAAAGCAAAGCAGAGCCUCCGUCACCAGCUGUAGCCCGUAUAGCCCCACAUCGGGUGGAAAUUGGUUCUCCCGUUCUCAGGCAAAAACCUCCUCCUCGGAGAGAUGCAACCCUGGGAUUUCAGAUGCCCUCCCCGCCAGAGCCCCCUGCAGUUGAAGCAGAGUAUUACACUAUUGCAGAUUUCCAGUCCUGUAUAUCUGAUGGUAUCAGUUUCAAUGGGGGACAGAAAGCAGAGGUUAUCGAGAAGAAUUCUGGUGGAUGGUGGUAUGUCCAGAUAGGUGAGAAGGAGGGCUGGGCUCCCUGCUCCUACAUUGAUAAACGGAAAAAGCCCAAUUUAAAUCGGAGAACAAGCACUCUAUGCCGCCCAAAAGUUCCCCCUCCAGCUCCACCUGUCAAGAAACAGGACUCAGUGGAGACUGCACCUCCCAGUAGCCCUGGAUCUGAAGCCCCAGAGUCUCCUGUGUCUCCUGGGAGGCCUGUAUACGAAGAGCCAGAAUAUGAUGUCCCUGCCAUUGGCGAUUUGGACCUUGAGUCUGAGUUUGAAUUUCUGAGGGGUGAAGGUUCCCUGGUGGAUGGAAAGACUGAGGAUGCUUCCUCUGAGAGGGGGUCACACUUGUCCUCAAAGCCUUCUCCAGCUUCAUCCCUUCACAGUGCCUCCUUCAAGGUGGGUGAGUCAUUUGAAGAUGGUCAAGAAGCAGAGCGGGAGCCAGAGGGAGAAGAGGAGUGUAUCUAUGAGAAUGAUGGUUUCCGACCCUUCAGGGAGUCCCCAGAGAGACAGUGCAGCCGGGACUCCAACUCCUCCAAGACAAGUGUUGUGUCAGAAACUGGCAAGACUGCAAAUCUAACAUCAGGUGGAUGGAGACCUGCAGGUAACAGGCUCAAGAUUGACUUGAAUGGGACCCCAUUUUCAGGCAAACCAGAGGAGACACCCAUGCCCAAAUCUGCCUCCACUGAGUCCACCCCAGAUCUGUUCAAACCUAAGAAAGAACAAGAGGAGAGCAAGGCAUUAUUCUCCACCAAGUCCUCUUCUAAGCAAAGGCCAGUGGUAAGGCCCAAACCACAACUAGCGAAGGCAUCCAGUGCAGAGAAAAUGGACAUCAGCACCUUGAGAAGACAGCUCCGACCAACAGGUCAGCUAAAAAAUGGAACCAAAACUAAAGGUGAAGACUCGGAAACAGCUUCCGUCAUUUCCUCCGAGGACUCCUUCUCAUCUCAGAGCACAUCUGAUCUCUCCUCCAUCUACUCUAAAGGAAGCCGAGGUGACUCUGACUUGGAAUGCUGCAACCUGUAUCGCACCACAGAUCCCUAUGAGAAAGUCCAAGAGUCUGAGCUCAGUUUCCCUGCUGGGGUGGAAGUGGAGGUGCUGGAAAAGCAAGAAAGUGGUUGGUGGUAUAUUCGUUGGGGAGAUGCAGAGGGUUGGGCUCCAACUUACUUCCUGGAGCCUGUCAGGCAGCAAGAUGACUUGGCAGAGUCUGAAUCUGAUGGCACCCCGACUAGACCUGGAAGUCUCAGCAAGUCCAACAGUCUGGAGAAGAAUGAACAAAGGGUACGAGUGUUGAACAACAUCAACCAAAACCUAAAGAAGGUCACACCACCUAUCCCAUCCAAACCUCCAGGUGGCCUCUCCAAACCUACCGGCUUGUUCAACUCACUGAAGCAGAAUAGCACCAAGCAGCAGCAGGUUGUCAGACCUCAGUCUGUCUUCAUUUCUGCCCCGAUCAGAGACGGUCCCAGCCCUGUUGGCUCUCUCAGGAGAAACGAGUCCCUCAACUCAACGGACCAUCCUUGCGCAAGCCCCACAGUGCGACGCAAUGCAUCUUUUGGCACUGUGCCUCGCAGCUUGGCACCAAACAACAUAGCUCUUCCUAACAAGAAUCGAUCUGGUACUGGUAGCUCUGAAACUCUGGGCCUCAGCUCUCAGAAGAAUGCCAUCCCUGUAUCCACAGUGAAACCCAAGCCUCACAUCAUCCAUAACAACCUCAGAGAGGUGUAUGUCUCCAUAGCAGAUUACCAUGGUGACGAAGAGACCAUGGGAUUUCCAGAGGGGACAAAUCUGGAGGUUCUUGAAAGAAACCCCAAUGGUUGGUGGUACUGCAAGAUUUUGGACAAUGGCAGACCGAGGAAAGGAUGGGUUCCCUCAAAUUACCUCGAGAAAAAGCACUAGCACUCGUGUGGAGCUGGCAGUAUUCUGGAUAUGUGUGUAAAGACUACUCUAACAGAUGCAUUUGUUUUGUGAAUAAGGCUAACCCGGUACCCUUCAUCAAAAACAAGCAGCCAGAUCAAAUUUUACUAAGAAAUGAAAUAAAACAAUUAGAGAAACAAAUCGAGAUGAUGCAGUGCUUGAGACUUUCCAUUAACAUGUUGGGACUUGAGACAAAGAGAAGACCAGAGAGCAGAAGAACGACUGAAUGAUUUUCUCCAGCAGUUACCUUUAACUUGAACGUUGUCCUUAUAUGUUUACUCCUUGAACCAUUUCUAUUUGUGUAUAUCGUAAUCUUUAAAAAAAAAAUUUUAAAAGAUUUUUAAGCUUACUGCAUGUUUGAAGUGAUUCAUUAUACCAACGAUGCCUUGAGCUGUUGACAUUAACCUUGUUCCUCAUCCCGUUUUUCUUUCUUUUUUUUUUUUUUUGAGAAAAACUCUUAUUUUUUGCCAAAGCUGCUUUGUGUUAGUCUCACCUUGGUGCUGCAUGAAUUUUUAAAUAUCUUUAUACUGUAUGUCAUCUUUAUUUAGAGUAUUUUAUCCAUCUAAUUUUUGAUGUUGUCCCUAAUGAAACAAAUGGUGAGCAUCUCUGAUUAUCAGUAUUUUGUUUCCCUUUGUUUAAAACAUUUAUUGAUGAGCUUUUAUUUCUUUUUUUAAAAACAUUAUUUUUUUUCCCAUAAAUAUUCAAACUUUUGCAUAUGUCAGUAAAAAUAAUAUUUAUUCGUAUCUUAAAACUCAUAAUAAAACUUACAUUUCAACAAAACUGCUCUAUUAAAGACAACAAGAUUUUGAAUUUCUGCUGGGCAGUAAAUUUGACAUAAUCCUUUUUUUUCUGUGUUUUGUGGGGUGCUCACGUUUGUUUUAUCUUAACUGUGUGACCAGUUAUAAUAACUGAAGUGCCUAAAGAAUGACUUUAAUAAAUGCACUUUUGAACA